AUGAUAGGGGCAGCCCGGCUGGGUGAAGCCAGAGCCUAUUUCCCCACCCCUGACCGGCCUGCAGAGAUGGCAGCACUGGGUCCAGUAUCUGCCCUUGGUCUGAAUGCUUUCCCCUCAGCCGCUGAGCACACAAACAGUGAAAACCAGAAAGCUGUUUCCUACCAACUCCAGGAGCGCCAGGAGGAUGGCAGGCAGCAGGGCCCGCCCGCCAGGAGGCUCUCAGCCCCUGCCCUGGGUGAACAGUCCUUCCUUAGGAGGAACUUCUUCCAUUUCCUCCCACAGGCGAAGCCAAGGCACUCCUUGGCUGUUCCAGAGGAAGCGGCCCAGAGAGGACGCAGCAGCCGAGCUCCUGCUGAGGUCUGCAAGGCCCGGCUCUGCCACGUCCUACCUGCGGGAACCUGGGCCAGUCACCAGGGCCCUCUGGGCCUCAGCCUUUUCCUGCUCUGGGCCUAUGAGAAGAGCAGCCAGAAGGAGAGCGAGGACCGUGACACUGAGAGGCCAUGGAUGAACGUGGAGCUGCUCUCGUCUGGGGAUGCGGAACGCUUGGAGACCUAUAUAAUAAGCCUCGAUCGGCACCAAGCACUUUCUCUCCCUGUUCGUCAUUGCUGCGCUUUCAGAGGAACAGGGAGGCCCGGCUCUCGCCCGGUUCCAAAGAGACGCUCUGAGACUGCCUCGGGGGCGGGGGUGCCGCUCUGGCACCAUCGGAGACAAUGGAAUAAUUUUGCUGCCAAGCAGAAGCCUCAGAACCCUUCUGGGAAUUCACUGUACGAGGGAAGAAAACGAGGCCGGAAGAAAACGAGGCCGGGCGGUCGGAGCCACGUGCGCCCCGCUCGGCUCAGCUUCGCCCCGCCCCCGCCCAAGGUCGGUGGUCGCCGCCCGAGGUCUCCGAGGCCGCGCCCGUUCCCAGCGGCUGCGUAG